GGAUUCCUGUGGCUUCAUGACAAAAGUUUUCAGGUGAAGACAAAGCCCUAGACCUCCUCUCCCUCUCUCCCCUCUCUCUCUCUCUCUCUCUUUCUCCAAGGAUAGGGAAAAGGGGAGAACAAAAUCACAGUACAAAAGCAGGCUACAAGGACAAGAUCUUCCUCUGGACUGUGGGAUUCUCACACCUAUAACCUACUACACUGUCAUAUAUCAAACAAGAAUAGAGAGAGCUUCAGCGUGUGAGCAAGAGCAACUCAGAAUAGAAACAACUAGUCAAGACUGCCUGCCUGCCCUCGGCUCCAAGCUACUUUGGUGUUCCUGGGCUAGGCCUAGGCCUUUGUUGCCCUGGAACUCUCAUUAAUUCCGAAGCCUGAAGGUUGCUAGUUAAUCCACAAGAAGUAGAAGGAGCCUCGCAGGAUGGGAGAAACUAGUAGUUCUAGUCAUUCAAGGCAGGAUCCUUCACUUCUUGGCUAUGGCUUCCAUGGCGCCAUCGCCAACUCCACUACUACCCCUGCAAACUUCUUUGACCAAGAAGGAGCAACCUAUUUUGGAGAGCUGGAAGAAGCGUUCAUGCAUCAAGUUGCCUCCCUCAGAAGAACUCAACAGCAGGCUGCAACCGUCUCUGCACCUCAUCAUGGAGACACCAAGCCCUUUCCCACUGCUGCUACUACUACAGCUACAGCUGCAACGGCUACCACUGCUGCUAGGCCACCUCCUACACUGGACAUCUUCCCAGCUUGGCCUAUGAGGUCUCUUCACACACCCAAGGAGUGCUCGAAUGUGACAGCAGACAGCACAGACGACUCAGAGAGCAGCAGCAAGAACAACAGCAACCACUCCUCAGAUCAACUCGGAGCAGCAGCAAACAUGGCGACCCAGUUCGAUCAAGCUUCACAGCAGCAGCAACUUCAGCACAAGAAUAUGGCUACAAGUUCCACUCCAAGAACUGGGAAGCCCCUUGAUCCAAAGGUAAUCAGAAGGCUGGCUCAGAAUCGCGAAGCUGCACGCAAAAGCCGGCUGCGAAAGAAGGCUUACAUCCAGCAGCUUGAGAGCUGUAAGCUGAAGCUUUCUCAGAUGGAACAGGACAUGCAGCGAGCCCGUUCCCAGGGCCUAUUUCUUGGAGGAGGUACAGGUGCAAACACCAGUUCAGGCGCCGCCAUGUUCGACGUGGAGUACGCCCGGUGGCUGGACGACCACAGCCGGCGCCUGGCCGAGCUGAACGGAGCUCUGCACGCACACCUGGCAGAUGGUGACCUCAGAGCCAUCGUCGACGACGCCCUGACCCACCAUGACGAGCUGUUCCAGCUCAAGGCCAUGGCGGCCAAGUCCGACGUGUUCCACCUCAUCACUGGGGUGUGGACGACCCCUGCUGAGCGGUGCUUCCUCUGGAUGGGUGGAUUCAGGCCCUCCGAUCUGCUCAAGACACUGCUGCCCCAGCUAGAUCCACUGACAGAGCAGCAAGUGAUCGGCAUAUGCAACCUUCAACAGUCAUCACAGCAGGCAGAGGAAGCUCUCUCGCAGGGCUUGGAACAGCUGCAUCAGUCACUAGCUGACACCAUGGCUGGUGGAUCUCUGAUUGACGACGCCAACAUGAGCUUCAUGAGUCAAAUGGCUCUUGCCCUCGGAAAGCUGGCCAACCUUGAAGGCUUUGUGAUACAGGCUGAUAACUUGAGGCAACAGACUCUUCAUCAGAUGCACCGUAUUCUGACAGUUCGGCAGGCAGCUCGAUGUUUCCUAGCAAUUGGCGAGUACCACAACCGCCUUCGUGCCUUAAGCUCCCUCUGGGCUUCUCGACCUCGAGAGAUACUGGUGAACGAUGAAGGAAAUUGUGAGGAGAUAAGCAUUGCAGCACAACCAUCCCAAAGCCAAUUUUCAGCCUUCUGAUUGACAAAUGUUGUGGAACUAACCUUCAGCAUAGGAGCAAGAAAAAAUGACUGGGAAGAGAGGUUUUUUGGAUGCAACUAGCAGACAUCUGGGAGUAACAGAAGAGAGCUGGGAAAUGAAGGAAGCUUUAGAACAAGGAAUGUUUCUGAAACUUUUUUGUUUUGGAAAACACUUUCUGAAAAUGUGUGGUGUACAAGAAAAUUCCAGGGAGGUGAAAUUGCUUCGCUCACUGCAGCGGGAAAGGGAAAGAGAAACACUAGAAUCUGGUGUCCAGUACUAUGUGUUCUUUUGGUUCUGUCUAGUCUAAAUUCUUGUAACAGCUCUUCCUAUGAUGGAAUAAUCAAUUCAGCAAUUCCACCGAUGAUUACUGGUUA